AUGCUGCGGCUGCUGCUGCUCGGCGGGGCCCUGGGCUGCGCAGCGGAGCCGGCGGCUCCGCUCGCCUUCACCAUGCUCCAGCUGACCCGCGUCUACAUGGGCAAUUCCAUCUUCCGGGGGAACGCCAGCCUGAAUGGGCAGCUCAGCCAUCUCCUGGAAGGGAAUAAUGUCACCCAGGUGCUCCCGCUGGAGCCUCCGGACGCCUGGGCCCGGCGGCAGGACGAGGUGAUCGCCUACCUGAGGUACUUCAGGCUGCUGGUGACGAUGUUCAACAAGGAGAGACCCAUCAAUUUCACCCAUCACCUGUGCUGCCACCUCGGCUGCCGCCUCUACCCCAACGGGACAGCCCAGAGCUUCUACGAGGUGACCCUCAACAGGACGGCGUUCCUCAGCUUCCACGUCCCCAGCGCCACCUGGGAGCGGCGCUGGCCCGGCCAGCUCCCGGUGGCUUCCUUUGCCCAGGAGCAGCUGAUGAAAUACUCCAUAACCACCCAGGACCUGCAGUAUUUCCUCAACACCACCUGUGUCAGCCUCCUGCAGGCCCAGAGUGCCAGGACAGGAAAAGUCAGCGGCCGAUCGCGCGCUCCGCUGGUACUGGGGCUGGUCCUGGGAAGCCUCGGGCUGCUGGGCAUGGCCCUGGGCAUCUUCCUGUGCACGGGAGGGAGCUGCUAGCGUGGGCAGCUGUCCCUUGUCACCCCAUGGACACAGGGGAUGGACCUGUCAUCUCCCUGUGCAUCCAUCACCACCCCGUGGAGGCAGCGGACGGACCCAUCAUCUCCCUGUGGAGUCAGGGAUGGAUCCAUCAUCUUCCCAAGGGUCCAGCAACUCUCCAUGGAUCCGUCAUCCCUGCAUAGAGACAGAGACUGGAUCCAUCAUCCCUCUGUGGAGGCCAGGACCAAGCCCAUCCCUGACAAGGGAUGCAUGUCCCCAGUGCCACAGGCUUUGCUCCCCAAGGACACCGGUGGCUUCCCUGACCCCUGGAGCAGCCCCCAGCCCUGUGGACAGUCUUCACGCCAGGCAAUGCACUGAGACUCCGCACAGAAACACUGGGCAUGGAUGGAAAAAUGUGGGGGGAGAGGUGUGGGGGGAAAGCAGCAGGAGAAACAGCCAUGGAGUGGUUAAAAGGAUGGUGUUAAACCCUCCUUCAUCCCUGUUCCAGUGGGGAUGGAGGGAGGAUGUCACACCUUAUGUAAUAAAACCAUCCAUCAGCUCCCACCA